AUGAAUCAUAUUAUUCAACAACCAAAGACAACUCAAUAAACAAAAAAACCUUCUAAAGUAGUUGUGAAACACCCAGAAAUCUAACCAAACAAGCACCUUGAAGAAUUAAAAAAUAAAGCAUGGACUGCUGCAAUUCAGAAGGAAAUUGAUAAAUUCGAAUAGGCUAUUGUAUAUAAUUUAUUCAUAUCAUUAGCUUGAAGUAGAAGCUUUGUUCAAAGAAGCUUAGACAUCUUAAAAUUUAGUUAGUUUGGGAAAUGUAAAAUUNGGUAUAUUUCUUCACAUUAAUUGA